AUGGACAACCAAACCGCCUAUAAACUAGCAACCCCUGAAAGAUGCAAAAAGCUUAUGAAUCUUUCCCGCCAAGUGCUAGAAAAAGUAAAAACUAGUGGAGUUACCUCAGGCAACCAGAUAGCAAAAGAAAUCCUCAACGAUUUAUCUGAGAAUUCUUAUGGGGCCGAAUUCAAAAAUAUCCAGCGGCGGGUCUACGAUGCACUUAACGUGCUCCAUGCCCUAAAUGUUAUUUCAAAAUUCCGAAAUGAAAUCUCCUACCAAGGCUUCUCAAACGACAAAGAAGAAAAGAUCAUUCGCGGAACUUUAGAUGCUAAAAAAUCUGUUAUUGAAGAAAAAAGAAAAGCUUUAAACGAAAAUUUAAUGCAUUAUACAGCUUUGAGAAAGCUUUUAAAUAGAAAUAUGAGCCAAGAAUUAAAACCAAAUGUUCAGCUCCCUUGUGUUGUAAUUAAGGGAAAAGAGAUGAAAAUUGAUAUCCAAGAGAAUAAUGUAAUAAUAGUGUCAAAAAAUCCAAUGGCAAUUUACAAUGAUGCUCAUUUGAUGGCAAAUAUGAAGUUUCAUCAUAUUAAUAACGAGGAAUUAUUAGAGAAUUUCCCAAAAGAGUUGAUUGAUACAAUAAAUAAUGAGGAAGAAGAUGUGAAGGAAAAGGAUUAUAGAAAACUCUGUAUUGAAAUGUUUAGGAAAGGUCAAUGUAAUAAUUAA